AUGGAAGACUCUCGGCCUAAGAAAACCCCAGUGAUUGCUGCCCUUGAGACAGGACCCGGACCUGGAUGUUACAGCUUACCUCCAACAAUUGGAUUUGUCAACCAUGACUACACCCGCUUCACCAGUCCUGCUUAUUCCUUUCGUCAGAGGCUCAACAAUGAGGGCCAAGAUGCAAGUCCCGGACCCUGUUACUACGUGCCACCUGAGCUCACGCGCUUUGGCAGAACGAAGGGUCCUUCUUACUCCAUGCUGGGACGAGCAAAACCUCCAGGUCUGCCUCAGACUCCUGGGCCGGGCACAUACAGUCUGGAGAAGCCCUGGCUCUCCUUUCAGCAGAGGGCACCCUCCUUCUCCAUAGGUGCCCGCACCAAAUCUCGGCCAGUGGAUCCUGUUCCAGCCCCCAACAGCUACGCCCUCCCCUCACUGCUCGGGCCAUGGAUUCCCAGAAAACCUUCCAACCCCGCACGUGCCAUCUCUGGCAGGAAUGCCAAAGCCAGCGCUUCGAAGGAUCCUUGCCAAACGCCAGGCCCAGGAAGCUACAACACCCCUGCCCCCGGCAUCUCUUUGUGCCACCCACCAGCUUUCUCCAUGCUGAGGAGGCUCCAGAGGCCCACAAGGGGCUUCCAGAGUCCAGGGCCAGGGUCCCACAGCCCAGAAAAGGUGACCGUUCACAGGGCAGGGGCCCCUUCUUACUCCUUUGGGGUUCGUCACUCAGAAUACCUCAUGCCAUUCAUCGCGGAUGCUCCAGAGUGGUAG